AUGAUGCAUUAUGCUAGCAACCAUGUGACACAAGUAUCGGGUGAAUGCAGUUACGUGUCUCAUUCUAGAGUACAAGGCAGUGUAGUUGCACGAGCCAGAGCAGAAAAUCACCUUGACUUUCAUGCACAAAAUGGUAUUCAGUAUGUUUCCAGGGGUCAGAGUAAUCAGCUGUCAUACCAGAUGACACAACAGAAAGGAAAGCAACUCAACAAAAGUAAGAGUUCUAAACUAAGUGCAUCUGCUACUACUCUGAGCCCACCACACCCCACCAGCUCAGAUCUUAACUGGAGUCCACUUCCUAGGCGACAUGCUUCAGCUUCUGAAAAUCUUUGUGUUGCUCUUUAUUGUGACGAUGGCUGGGAAGAUUCAGAAACUGGUGCAGCUGAUUUGAGGCCUGGCCAGUCCAUUCAGCAACAAUUGCCGAGCUGCAGCACGCCAAAGCCCAAUCGACCUACACUCAGGAGCCUCACCUUUGCUGAUGAAAUGCCAGACGACAUCAUUCCUGACCACACGUCACUUUCUCCACCUCUAAGUCCUACUCUCCAGCUUCGGCCUUAUACUAACCCCAGAGACACUCCUACUCACCACCCCCCUGUUCUUCACACCCCGACUCACCGCCUCACACCUAUUCCAGCUCAUGACCUUACACUCGAUUCUCUGCAUGACCUUAAUUGGCUGCAUGAAAUGGAGCCAGAUGAUCAGGUUGUUCUAGAGGUUCAUGUCAUAUGGUCCAUCUUAUCUCUGAUGGUUGUCCUAUUAGCAUGCUACACUUUGCAUCAUCAACCACUCUCUGGGUAAUAUCCAUAAUUUUAAUAGGAUUGUUUGCCAUACCUAAAGUUUUAUACACAGCAACUUUAAAUUGCAUUUUGAGCUCAUGCCCAAGUCUUCUAGUUUGACAUGCAGAGUUGUACAGAUCCAAUUUUAGCUUCAGUAGUCUUCAUUAUUUAUUAACAGUAAUUUGAGUGACCAAGUUGACACUGCCCAAAGACUAGAAACAACAGUGCUGUAAAUAACAGUGUGACUUAUUCAAGGUAGAUCAGGUGGAAAAUAUUAGAAUUAUUCUAAGUACAGUAAUUAAUAUAUUUUACAUAUAACAUAUAUAUACUGUAUAUAUUAAUAGCUAUACAUAACAUUUUAAUUUCUGCUAUAUUUAUCAUACAUGAUAAAUAUAAGGAAGUGAACCUUACUAAGCCAAUAUUUUAUUUUUAAUAUUUCAUAGUUUUCAUCAUAAGUUCAUUUGAAAACACAUGGAUUUUUGUGAAAGAAUUGUUAUUAAGUAUAGAUGAGCAGUAAGAGGCUGCACCUUCAUGUGAUUACAUCAGUGUUUGAAUUCUAGUCUAAUCUUUGUAUCUCACAUUCCCUCAAGUCUUAUCACCUCAGCCACUCAAGCCAAUUUCUUACAAUAAUUUGUUUCAACUUUAUUGUUGAUUUAUGAAGAACAAUGCAUAGACAGUGUAGUUAUCUCCAUCACAGUUAUGAAUUACUGACUCAUUUCAUCAGCAAUAUUACUCACCUGUGCAUGAGGCUAUAUUGGUCAGUGUUUCACGUGUGAGAUGCACUGUGGGUAAUGUGAGGUAAUCAGGGUUUGUGAUAUUACCAUGAUACAGAAAGUAGCCAAAGUCUAUGACAGCCGGUAUGUAUUAUGGCAAAGAAAUGUGACAGCCAUUGUAUGUGAUAUAAACACAGGAUGCAAUAUAAUUGCAGUAUGCAAUAUAAUAGUAGUAUGCAAUGUAAUUACAGUGUGCAAUAUAAUCAGUGUGCAAUUUUAUCAUAUUAUGCUUUUGAAGUGCAAUAUGCAAUAUAAUUGCAGUAUGCGAUGUAAUUGCUGUAUUCAUUGUAAUUGCAGUGUUCAGUGUAAUUGCAAUGUACGAGGGAAUUGCAGUGUGCAAUAUAAUCGCAGCGUGUGAUGUAAACAGUGACUGUGACAACCAGUGUAUGGCGUUCUGAGACAGUGUUGCUGUUCGUAACCGGCUGCUCUGUAGCAAGGCAAAUUUCUCAGGCACAAGAUAGAAGAAAGUAAUUAGUAAUGGUUAGAAUUUCUUUGCCUUGGUUUAACUUUUCUUAGGAGAUUAUUGCUGUUUAUUUAUUAGUAUUUAAUUUUAGAUUAAUUUAGAUUAGAAGAGAAAGGAUGAAAUAGAUUAGGAAACAAAUGAUGGAAUGGUGUAAAUUAGUGCAAUUGUUGAACUUUAUUUUUCUAUGUGCAAUACAGAUAUAUUGUUUGAAAUCAUUUGCUGCCUUAGGUUGAAGGGUAGAUAAUUUCUUGCUAUGUUAUGCCUCAUAGCAGGGACUACACUGAUGUAUUCAUAGCACUGAUAUUUGUGUUGUGUAUUCUUAGCACUGAUAUUUGUGCUCACAACAGGUCUUUGCCAUGUGAUGCUCGGGCACUUGGCAGAUAUUGGUAAGCGACAGUGCAGCAACUUUGCUCUUGCGAUAAUCUAAUCAACACUACUACUCUCCAUGGUGAUAUUUCAGUAGUUAAGAUGAGUUAUUUUGUCCAAUAUGUUGGCUGGAUUAAUCAAAGAUAUCAUAGGUAUAAUUAGUGUCUUUCUUAAUUGACUGCUUAGUUGUACGAAGAGUAAGGAACUUGUUUGUAUAUAUUUUCUACAUAGUCUUCAAUCUUGGUGUUAUGUGUGAGAUCACUUCAGAUUUAUUUUGAGUACUCUUAGAAUGAGGAUGUUGCAACAUCAGUACAAAAACAGCUACACAUGGCACAGGACAAUAUGAGAACAACUUAUUUGGCAUAGAGAGGAGGAGCAGCUACUGCAUGUGACCUCAUGUCAAACAAAGUUAUUAUGAUCUACACUAUACUGUAUCUAGAUUUUUGUUAUUUGCUUCAAUAGUUAAACCUAAGAGUUUGGAAAAUGCAUGAAAUUCCUGUUAUAUCUUAAAUAUAGCUGGAUGUGACCUGAUAAGUUACCGAAGUAAUUUUAAAUUACUUAUUAUCAUUUUAAUUAAAGUUAAUAUCAGCAUUAGAAAUAUUACUUUUGGUAAUUCUUCAGGUACUUUUCCUGUACAUUCUGGAGCAAAAUAAUAUUUGACCCUUUACGCUGUAACCUGUACAAGGGUAGGUGCCUUCAAUUGUUUUUUGUUUAUUGUAUUUCAAGGAGUUUUUAUUCUAAGUUUUUACAGAAUGUAAAAUAUUGUUAAUUA